AUGCUCCAAUGCAGUACUUUCAAGGAACAGCUGGCCAAGAUGAGCAGCUCUGUUGUAUACGAGUGGACAAAACUGUCUAAAGAGUUUCUCACAAGGAAUAUUAAAGAAUCAAACUCAGAUAGGGACUUGUUGCCUCAGCCCUUACCUGAGUGUUUCAUGGGCAAAUGUUUCUGUCCUUGGGGUUACUUCUAUGACUACAGUCAACAUGCAUGCCAGGCUAACAGCACUUCAGGCUACAACUUCAAUAUUCAAGGAGGAGAUCAAGUACAAACAGUUUCUUGUCAUGAUGUGAAUCGCUGCCACCCCAAUGCUCAAUGUACAUACAACAGCUACACUCGGCAGUACUCAUGUCAGUGUAAUGCUGGAUACAGCGGAGAUGGAUACCACUGCAAUAAAUUAGAUGUGUCAUGUGACCAUGUGGAUAUCUGUCACAUUCAUGCUCACUGUGUGUUUGAUGACCAGACACUUCAGCAUGUCUGUGUGUGCAGCUCAGGGUACGAAGGUGACGGUAUAGUGUGUAUACCACAAGAUGAAUGCAACAGUGUUGUGGACUGUGAUGUCAAUGCCCAGUGUUUGUAUGAUAGCUCCAGCCAGCGAUAUAAGUGUGUCUGUAAUGCUGGUUAUGAGGGAGAUGGCCACAUUUGUACCACUUCAGGAGAGGCAGGCUGUAACAUUGUCAACAAUUGUGAUCUUAAUGCCAAUUGCAUCUAUGACACUUAUGCUCUGAGUUACCGCUGCCAGUGUCGUGAUGGCUAUGAAGGAGAUGGUCUUUUCUGUUCACCAGUUCAGAUUGGCUGUAAUGUUCUCCAGAACUGUGGAAAAAAUGCUGUGUGUUCAUACAACAUAGAAGCCCAGGGAUAUCGUUGCAAAUGUCAGGAAGGUUAUGAGGGAGAUGGAUUCUUCUGCAAGUCCACAAGGUCCUGCCAGCUGGAUCCAUCAUUGUGCCACCCUCAGGCUGUGUGUGUGUCCGACUCACAGUCUUCAUUUGGAUUUUCAUGUCGCUGUCAGGAAGGCUUUACUGGUGAUGGACACCACUGUCUUGAGGCAGUGAAUCAUGAGAAGGACAUUCUGCUCUUCAAUCAGGGGUUAGCUGUCUUGCGAAUGCCUGUCAAUCCACGAGGAGGAAGGAGUUACAUCAUACACUUUGAGGCAUUCAUGACAGCUGUAGGUGCAGAUAUAGACUGUUUAGCAGGCCGCUUCUACUGGACGGAUGUGCGAUCAUCUUCCAUCAGGUCAUCAAAAUAUGAUGGCACUCAACGGCAACCAACAACCACUCAAGGUAAAAUUGGAUUCCCUGAAGAUGUUGCAGUUGACUGGAUUUCAAAGAAUGUGUACUGGACAGAUUCAGCAAAUGAUGUUGUGUCUGUAGCUUCCAUUAAAGAUGGAAAGCAACGUACCAUAAUCAAAGAAGGACUUGUCAAUCCUCGAGGUAUUGCCGUCCAUCCAGGUCUUGGACUUCUGUUUUGGAGUGACUGGAAUCGACUUUCUCCAAAAAUUGAAUCAUCUGGAUUAGAUGGAGCUGAUCGUCAGGUGAUUGUGUCUGAAGAAAUUUCAUUGCCUAAUUCUUUGGUUGUGGACUAUGAAACUGAUACCCUCUGCUGGGUUGAUGCUGGAAUUCAUAAAAUAGAAUGUGUGAGUGUGAGGGGUGGUGGUCGUCGGGUGGUGACAAGUGGCCCUCUAUAUCCAUUUGGUCUUACAAUAUUGGGUCAAAACUUUUACUAUACUGAUUGGAAUGACACUAAAAUCCACACUGUGAACCGCUAUUCUGGAGUGGAAUCUGCUUCUCGCGCCCCACCUCCAGGAGGUUCAGGAAAGUUGUAUGGCAUAGCAGCAGUUCCUGCAUCAUGUCCACCAGUAUCCAAUUUCUGUGCUUUGGAUGAUGGUGGAUGCCCCUCUUCUCACCUAUGUCUACCCAAUAUCAAUGGGGGACGCACUUGUGCCUGCACCGACUUUGCUCUCCAAGAUGAGGAAUCCCAAUGUUCAGACUUUAUCUACUGAACAUUCCUUUAUGGAAGAGAUAUUGUAGUUAAUGUAUGAUUCCAUGUCUUACUAAGUUACCUGGCUAUAUUUUGCUUUACUUUUACCAAAACUAACUUGUGGAUAUUUUUUUAUAACUACUUAAUCAUUACAGAUCAUAAAUUUCCACAACCAGCACAACACUUAGUCCAAGAUUUAUCAGCAUUACCUUCAUUGAUAUGUACUGUAAGAGCAUUGGAGUUGUUUGCUAUUUGUAAUGGCCAGAUGAUGAAUAAAUGACAUUGUGUAUAGUGCUUUCUGAAUGAACAGGAAAUUAUGACAUAGUGUGUAAGGAGGAUUAAAUGGUAACCCAUAUCUAUUAUCUGUUUUGCAAAUUAGAAGCUCAAACUCAUCCACUUAUCAUGUGAAAUUAACUUGAUAUCAUUUUUAACUCUUAAAUUAGGAAUUAUUCAUGCUGUAGUGUAUUUGAAGUGUUUAGUUAUUUUUUUCUUCUAAUAAAUGAAUUCGUGAAAAUAUAUGCUUUUUGCUGUAACAAAAAAAAAUAACAAAAACAGCAUUGCUGCUGCUGCUGCUGCUGCUGCUGCUGCUACUGCUACUGCUAUUUCUACUGAUUUCUAAUACAAUUAUUACCUCUGCC